CCAAGUAAAAUUAGGGUUCUUUGAUUGGAGGGUUUAAUCUGAAUUUGAAAUUUAACAAUCGAAUUGGGGGAAGAAAAUGACGAUUUCACUGGGAUCUUCUGCCAUCAAAACCCUAAUAUUCCAACUUCAUUCUCGAGCUUAUCGAAUUCCCUGGGUUAAGAAUAAUAGUUCAAUCUCAUGUUUGAAGAGUAGAGAUUAUAAUUCCUCAGUUCCUAUUAGGUACAUUCCUAAAAAAGCUUCUAAAAGUAAUGAAAUUGGGAAUUCUGAGCUUAUCAACAAGGGUUCAAAAAAGAAGGAAUUUUUAGAAUUUUCAGAAGCAAUAACUCCAUUUGACAAUGUAGUAGGCAUUAGUAGUAACCAUAGUGGAAAUGGAAAUGAAAAUGGUGUGCAGAAAAGAAACAAUUUUGAUUCGAAGCCACGAUUCGAACAACAUCUACCGACGCCUUCUUUUAAGUUUUUGCCUAAUGAGUUUGAACAUGAUAAUGUAAUGGAAGAACAUGAGGAGGUUUAUGAAGAGUUAUUUAUUGAUCGAGAGAAUAGUAGUGAUCGGGAUAAUUUACCUCAGAAAAAUCGAACUAAGCUCGAUGCUGAGAAACUGGUCAUAAAGUUACUAGCAAUGAGGGCUUUCACCGCUGUUGAACUAAGGAAAAAAUUGUGUGGAAAGAAAUUCUCUCUGGAUAUUGUUGAUGAAGUGAUUAAUGACUAUAAGUGCAGAGGGUUCAUCAAUGAUAGCAUGUAUGCAGAGGGAUUUUGUCAAUCUAGAUGGUCUUCGUCGAGCUGGGGACCACAACGGAUCAAGCAAGCACUUUAUAGGAAGGGAGUAAGUAAAGACGAUAUAGAGAAAGCAAUACAAAUAGUCUUUCAAGAUGGAGAAUCCGAAGAACACAAAGAGACGAGUCGUGGCCUAUCAGAGCCAUCGAUGGAUCGUUUGCUUGUUCAAGCCUCGAAACAAUGGCUACGAGGGGGCCAAGACGUGCCUAAAGAGAAGAGGAAAUCAAGGAUCAUUCGGUGGCUUCAGUACCGCGGGUUCAGCUGGGAUGUUAUUAGCACCAUAGUAAAGAAACUAGAAUCCAAUAGUGAGUGACCCAUCUUAAGUUCAUAUAGCUAUGUGAUAGACAACAAAAUGGUGUGGCCCAUCCACAUUUCUGUGGCCACAAAAAUGAGGUCUCUUCUUCAGCUGUUGUUAGUUGCAACUGCAACUAGUCUAGCCUAGUCUAGUUAGUUUCUCUUCCUAGUUUAGACUAAAGACAGCAACAGCUGAUGUUGGUGGUGGGAUCUCACUCAAGUCCAAAAAAUCUCUGAAUGGAAGCUUUCAUAGUGGUGUUUUAUAACACUGUGUGGAUGGAAGAUAACAAGAAGUGGUGAUGAUGAUGAGUUAAUUAUGGAGCUAGAGUAUACUGCACUUGUAUUCUUAAGUCCAUUUCAAUUAUCUAUUUAAUUGAAAAGUUUUUUGCAGCUAAA